CUGCGUUAGAUACCCCAUUCUGUCGUUGGAUAGGACAAGGCUCUCACAGUCAGCACACAAUCCUUUGUUUCGCAUUUCAUCAUUGCCGAAAUUGAAACGAUAUGGCUACUUCACCGUCCGAGACCUCUCGUACGCUACAUCCACAAGUCAGUGGAGCGAGUAGCGCGGAUAUCGAUCCUUCAAUUCCUAUUCGCGGACCCGAGCACAUCUCAGAUGAGGAAGGUCCUUGGGCUCAAAAGACCAUCUUGACAUUCGAUGGCGGUGGUGUUCGUGGCUACUCAAGUCUUUUGGUGCUGAAGCGUAUCAUGACUCGAAUACGGGACAUAGAGCGUAAUCACGAAGACCCAGCCCCUAGCAGCACCUACUACCCCUGGAUGGGCAAACGCGAGCAGGAUGCUAAUGAAGAUAACCCAGAGUCAGAAAGAGUUGAUAAGUUUCUUCCUUGUCACUACUUUGACUACGUCGCUGGGACUUCAACUGGUGGUUUAAGUAGUAUUAUGCUGGGAAGACUGCGCAUGUCAGUUGACCAAGCUUUGGAUACUUACAAAGCAUUCGGAAAUGCCGUGUUCGGUAAACCUAGAUGGUUUCACGAGCGUUCAUUUCUUUGGUAUCCGCGAGCAAAGUUUUCAUGUCGGAAGACACGUGCAGCAUUUCAAGAGGUCGUCUACCAGACUCUUCGACGUGAGAGGGAUUGUUUCCCUAGCGAAGCUGAAACUGAGCCAUUAAAGUACAGAGAAGAUCGAACCAGAACUAUCGCUAUCUCUUGGGCUAUUAACAAAGAAGGUGGCGUUAGUAAAGGGUUCGUCUGGAGAAGUUAUGACAAUGACUUUAGCCCCAGGGCGCAUGACUCCAAUCUCUGGAACCCCUCCAAUGCGGGUCCUGCUCACACAACUGCAAUUUGGGAGGUUGCUCGCGCAACAACAGCUGCACCAAGGUACUUUGAAUCCAUCAAGAUCAGAGGAAGGAAAUUCCUUGACGGUGGUAUGGUAGCCAACAAUCCCGCCUUGAUUGCUAUCAGAGAAAUCCAUAACCUUCAUGGCUUGGUUCCGGCCCUGUUCGUCAGCAUUGGAACGGGUCUCAAGAUUUCCGCAGAUGCUCAGAACAACGGUUUAGCUAAUGGAACAAACGGCGAUAUUAGAACACUUAGAAGGGCUGCAACUAGAGACGACGUUAGACGCAAGCAGUUCUUGAAGAAGUAUAUCGAGAUAGGAAAACAUUGGAAAAACUGGAUGGUUGACUGUGAGGGAAUGAACGGCACUAAUGGGUGGCGAGGCCACUGCAGAGCGAUAGGCUUGACAGAGCAUUUAUACAGACUCAACGUGGAAGGCGACCUUCACACUAUUCCACUCGAUGAUUGGCGUCCGUCAAACACUGGAGAAGACACCCUCAAGUUCAUUGAAGCGCAAACAGAACGAUACCUCGCCGAGCCCAGAGUGAAAGAUUACAUCACCUCUAUCGCGAAGAAAGCCGUUGAGAUAAGACGUCAGCGCGCUGCGACGGAACAGUGGGAGCGAUUUGCAGUAGAUGUGAUUUAUCGCUGCUCUGAUUGCGAUACCAAGAAGUAUGACACUCGGGCAAAGUUGCGAGAGCAUCUACAAAAAGGAACUGAGCAUAGAAGGGAGAGGAUGGUUGAUGGGAGAGAGCUUGAAGAGAAACUCAGCGCUUCGAGGUCCUUUAGGCCUGAUAGACCAGGUGAAACAGGGAGGUGAG